GUAGCCGCGGUCGUUGACUGACUCCUCCUGCCUUUAGGCUGCUGCGUCACUCGGGCCGAGGUGCGGCCCGAGGAAUGAACGAGAGAGCGUAAUCUACUGGCCGGACCCCCCUGGGUGUGGAGAAGAGGAAGGCACCGAGUGACAGCGAGUGGAAGAGGAGGAGGAGCCGGGGGAGGAAGCUGAGGGGACCCCGGGGUUCGUUUUACAAUGUGAUGGAGGGACGGGAGCCCCCGACCCGGCAUAACCGUACAACGCCUGCCAGCCCCCGGGUGACGCCGGCUCUGGUGAAACGGCCACGCUUUCAGACUUUGGCUCGUUUCUGGGAAGGUCAGGAUGUCCUGGCGCGCUGGACGGACGGACUGCUCUAUCUCGGAAUAAUCAAGAAGGUGGACAGCGCUCAGGAGACCUGUCUCGUCCGCUUUGAGGAUAACUCUCAGUUCUCUGUCCUGUGGAAAGACAUCUUCCCUCCUGCCGUGCCCGGGAAGGAGCAGCUGUGCUGCGUGUGCAACUCGCAGGCGUGUUCCCCGGACAACAAACUCGUCCACUGCGGGAAAUGUAAACACGCGUACCACCAGGAAUGCCACGUUCCCAACGUCCCAGGAGACGCCGACUGUCCAGGGAGCUCCUGGAUGUGCAGACAGUGCGUGUUUGCCGUGGCCACCAAGAGAGGUGGCGCUCUAAAGAAAGGCCCGUAUGCGCGGUCUAUGCUGCACAUGAAGCUGUCUCUUCCCUAUCAGCUGAAGUCUUUAGAGUGGGAUCCGCUGCAUCUGACCAAUAAACAGCAAUGUUACUGCUACUGUGGGGGGCCUGGAGAAUGGAACAUGAAGAUGCUGCAGUGCUGUCGCUGUUUACAGUGGUUUCAUGAGGCUUGCACCCAGUGCCUGAGCAAACCCCUGCUGUACGGAGACAGAUUUUACGUGUUUGAGUGCUCUGUCUGCACCAGAGGUCCAGAAAGCGCCUGGAGACUCCCCCUUGGAUGGGUGGACGUCUCGCACCUCGUCUUGUAUCAUCUAAGUAUUUGUUGUAAGAAGAAAUAUUUUGACUUUGAACGAGAAAUUCUGUCUUUUGUUAACGAGAACUGGGAGAGUUUGGUGCUGGGCGAGCUCACAGACACCCCGCGGGCCGAGCGAUACUCGCAUUUGCUGCACGCUCUCACAGCCCAGAAGGACAGGUUUAUCUCCGGGAAAGAGAUAAAAAAGAAGAAGUGUCUGUUUGGGCUGCAGAGCCGCGUCCCACCUCCAGCGCCGCAGAACCCAGACACCGUGCUGAGGCUACGCGAGACGGACGUGAGAAGCCCCACUCCCUGCGUAAGUUCCCUUUCAGGGAGGAUGCGGGUCCUGAAACGCCCCCCACACCAAAAGAGAACGCGGAGCAUAGAGCAGCGGACCCGGAGGGAGAGGCGGAGGCUGCGCAGAGCUCUUACCAAGGAGGUGGUACAGAAUUCGUUUAGCUCUCACCAGGAGUAUCUGGGAUACCGUGGUAGUGUUUACAACUUCCGGCGCACAGAAGCGCGGUGUCUGCAGAGUUCCCCCAUCAGGAUGUUCGCCUCCUUCCAUCCGUCUGCCAACACUUCCGGAUCUGUAGCGGCCUCCCUGCAGUCCAGCGAGGUAUCUGCUGAAGCCCUCGAUGCUCCUCAGUUCUCGGGGAUAUUGGAGAUGACCCCAGGUCCCUCCCAGACCGUUCUCGCCAGCGCAUGGAUCUCUCCUUCCCAGCCUUCCUCCUCCUCGUCUCCGGGGGCAUGUAAAUGGCCGGCGUCAUCCGAUCAAAACCAACGCGUUCUGGCCCGUAGGGUGACGGCGCAGGGUGCAGUCGAAUACCUGGUGGAGUGCGGUGGAGGAGACAUCUUCUGAGAGCUGCAAGGCACGCCGGAGAGGGACGUAAACACGCAUUCUCAGCGCUCCUUCCAACCCCAUGCGUGUCCUCUGAGGAUUCCGUGAUCUCCGCUUCCUGUACAUAGCUCCAUGGUCCCCUCCGAACUCUGUACACGCGUGUACAUAGCAAUGCACAUGCUUCUUGUCCGUCACGUGUUACUUACAAUGUCACAUCCUGGAGACUGCAUUAUAAUUGGGACGGUCUUACUAUAAGAGGAGGAAAAAGUCUUUGGUUUCUUUUUUUGUCUAUUUUAUGUCAUCCUUUUGAGAGCCACGAUGUGGGAUUGGGUUCUAAGGACCAUAGAUGAUGAUAGACAUUCCAGGUCAAGAGCUCUCUGCUGAGCGGCCGUGACAUAAAACGGAAUCAGGUUUCUUUGUUUGUGAUAAACUCUGGUCCAAUGUGGUGUUUGUGGGACAGUAAUGAUAUAAAAAGUGAGACCUGGGCCUUCUGCGUCUUCUCUUCUAUUAAACGGGUUCUGGGUACAUCUC